AUGGCUUUUUAUGGACCUACGUUUCCCAAUGAGACACAUUAUGAAACAUUGUCAAGUGCACGACAAAGAUUUGGUAAUCGAAGUGCUAAUAUGUUCUUUGUACGUCCUGCUCGGCAUGUUGCUUGUCCACGACGUUUGAAAUAUAUGCAUGAUAUUACAACUGGAUAUGUUCCAUAUGUUGAAGAUUCUAAUUAUGUUAAUCAACCAUUAUAUAGAUAUGUAAUUGACAAAGGAAAUAAUGAUAACAUCAAUAAGAACAAUAGUUUUGGUUUUCAUAAUUCAGUUGAUGCAUGGCGUCAACAAUUAACUGAAUUAGCACAGCAAGUGAACUCAUCUCUUACAUCAACUGGUGAACAAGAACCAAUUAUUCGUUCACUUCGCUCUGGUCGUAUCAGUAGACAUUGUUCUAAAAGAAAUACUGCACCAACAAACGGUAAUGCAGACGACAACGAUGAACAAGGGAUUUCGAAACGAUUAUUAAAUCGAAAUAUGAGUGCGCGUUACCCGCCUUCUAAAGUAAAUAAACCUCAAGUUGAUGAAAAACCUGAACAAGAGGAAAUGACUACUCAGGAAGAAAAUCAAGACUCAGGAAUAUGGUUAAUUCCAAUUCUUUGCUAUAUUUUAAAAAUCGAUAAUGUCGUGGACGCUCAAGAUUGGCUUGUUAAUGCAAAUCCAACCGAAAAACGUUUAGCUAAAGAAUUAAUCAGUCGAACAAUGCAAGAUAUAAAAAAUCAUGAGAUUGACGUUAUAUCAGAUAUUUCAAAUUCUGAUCAAUCUACAGCGACAAGUUUGAAUAAUGUCUAUUGGCCGUAUAAAAUUUGGCAGAGACAAGAAAAAGAUCGUCACCAACAACAACAACAAAUACAACAAGUUGUAAAACAAUCGAAACUAAGUCCAGGUACAUCAUUACCGCCAUUAACUAAUGAUAAUAGUGAGACAUGCGAACGAGCUACAUCACCACUUCGAAUACUUACACCAGCUAGACGUUUGUUGACAGCAACGAAUAGUCAUCAUAUUUCUGUUGAAUCAUUAGUUAUCGAACGGCCAAUAACACGAACUGUUAUCGAUCGAACAGCAUCAGCAAUAACUGCUCGAGAUAAUCAUAGUCAAAUAACAGAUCGACCAACGACAAUACAAGCACGUCCAUUUUCUACAAGUCCAUCAUUUAAACUUACUAAUGGGCAUACUCGUCCAUCCCGUCGUGGUUAUCGUGUAGCAACAAGUUUAAAUCAUUGUACAGAUAGUUUUACAAAUCAAAUAUCACCAAAAUCACGAGGAAAAACCCCACUCGUUUAG